AUGGAUGAAUUAAUUCGGUCAUCUUCCCAUUCAGUUACACUAGCCGUUAUUGAUUCGUCAAAAACUGGCCAGGCUGUUCGAAAUACAACGAAUGAUUCUCAAGAUAUCAUACUCAAAAAAAUUGAAGAUAAAUUUCAAAUAGUUUUCGAUCGUGUUGGACGUGUUGAGCGAUCGAAAUCUACACGCACACUCAUCAACAACGAUUCCAGACCUGCUUCAACUCGAUCAAUUCAGAUCGAAAAUUCAGCAGCUAUAUUUUCAGCAAAUUUACAAGGACAAGAAGAAAUCAGUCGUUUGAAAUUAGAACUUGCCAUAGCACGUUCACAAUCGAAUAAUAAUCAAUCAUCAUCAUAUCAUAGUUAA